AUGCCCAUGCCAUCCCCAUGCUUAUUCCAUCCCAUUUCCAUCCCUUACCCAUGCCAUGCCCCCUUGCCCCACAGGGAUAUCAGCCACAACGCUUUCUCAGGCGGCGUGGAUGUGUUUUCACGCCUGCCUCGCAUCUCCAACCUGAACAUCGGAUCGUGCAACUUCUCUGGCCCCUUCCUCUCGAAUCUCACCUAUGUCAACCUCGACAUAUCCAACAACAGCUUCACGGGGCCCUUCCCCUCCGCCAUGCUAUCCGUGCCACUCUAUAACAGCCUCAAUCUUUCGGCCAACAAAUUCUCAGGCCUGCUGCCAUCACAGCUCGCAUCCCUCGCAUUCAUCAAAAGCCUUGACAUCUCUCACAAUCAGUUCACUGGAGUGGUGCCCCCUGCCGUCUUCACCUUGCCUUCGCUAACGGCCCUCGACAUCAGCAGCAACCAGCUCACUGGCUCCCUGCCGGCCUCCAUUGCCCUCUCCACCUCUCUCAACCUCCUCAACACCUCUGCCUCGGGGCUGACCUGCCCGGCAGACGGCAGCGAGUGUGUGGCGAAGCAGAGCAACGCCUCCUCCUUCUGCCGCCUCUGCUCCUCCUUCUGCUCCUCCUGCACGCCCCUUGAGCUGUCAGCACUCACGACAACAUUGCCAACAUCACCAGUGCCUCAGCCACCAUCUGCUUCCACCCAGACUCCUCCUGCCCCUUCUCCUUCCAAGCCUGCUUCUCGCCUUUCCAUGCCCACUGCUGCUGCUCUCAGCCUCUCUGCUGCUGCUGCUGCGGUUCUCUCGCUCCUUGUGUUCACUGUUUAA